AAGCUAACUUAGCUACAUAUCAAAAACUCCUUCAAUUCUAACCCAUUUCAAAGAAUAGUCAUAAACACAAACUUCCUCAUGUCCAUAACACCACCACAAACCCACCUCCUCGCCUACCCCUUCCCAACUUCCGGUCACGUGAUUCCCCUUAUCGACCUUACCAAAAAUAUUGUCUCUCGCAACAUACAUGUCACCAUUUUAUUAACUCCAUCAACCCAACACCUAGUCCCCACAAACUAUUCCCCUCUUCUUCAAACCCUCCUUCUCCCCCAACCUCAAUUCGAAAACGGCCUCAUCGGUAUCAUCUCUUCCAUCCGCAAAUCCCACUAUCCCAUCCUCCUCGACUGGGCCCGAACUCACCCUUCACCCCCUUCAGCUAUCAUCUCUGACUUCUUCAUCGGCUGGGCUCAACUCCUCGCACAAGAACUCCACAUCCCGCGUUUAGUAUUUUCCCCCUCCGGCGCUUUCUCACUCUCCUUUUCCUUCUCUUUAUGGCGCAACCUACCCCAAAACGACAACCCGGAUGACCCCGAUUCCGUCGUUUGCUUCUCAAAUCUACCGAAUUCCCCGAUUUACCCCUGGAGGCAAAUAUCUGAACUGUUUAGAAAACUUAGAGGGGAAACCGAUUGGAAGAUACUAAAAGACGACUUUCUGUUUAAUUUCGACGCAUGGGGUGUCGUUUUCAAUUCCUUCAUUGAUUUGGAACCAGCUUACUUUGACCAUAUAAAGAAAGAACUCGGCCGCGAAAGAGUUUGGGCCGUGGGUCCAGUGUUGCCACUUGAACCCGGUUCGACUGAACCGGAAAACCGAGGCGGGGCCAGCACUAUUUCAUGCGACGUAAUCACCACGUGGCUCGAUCAGCUUGAUGACUGUUCGGUAAUUUACGUCUGCUUUGGAAGCCGAACGAUUCUCACGCCUGCACAGAUGGAGGUUUUAACAAGUGCGUUGGAGUUAAGUGGGGUCAAUUUCAUAUUAUCUGUGAGGACUCCCGAUGAACGACACGUGGCGCAGAAUUGCGGUAAAAUACCGAGUGGUUUCAUCGAACGGGUGAGAGGGAGAGGGUUGGUGAUAGAAGGAUGGGCGCCGCAGUUGGUGAUACUGAGUCACCGUGCAGUGGGAUCGUUCCUGACUCACUGUGGUUGGAAUUCGGUGUUAGAAGGGUUGGUAUCUGGUGCGGUGAUGUUGACGUGGCCGAUGGGUGCGGAUCAGUAUACGAAUGCGAAGCUGUUAGUGGAUCAGUUAGGUGUGGCGAUUAGAGUUGCAGAAGGGGAAGAGAAGGUUCCAGAAAUAAGUGAGUUAGCAGAGAUAAUGAAAGGAUGUUUAGGAAGGUUGAAGGAGAGGGUAAGAGCUGAAGAGAUGAAGGAUGCUGCAUUGGGAGCUAUUAAGAAAAAUGGAAGCUCUCAGAAACAGUUAGAUGCACUGGUGAAGGAGCUCAAUGAACUUAAGAAUGACUAAUCCACAAUUUAAGUGUCUUUUAAGAAAAAGUUUGUGUUUCAGUUGACAGGUGACUCAAUUCAAAGUUUCUUCAAUGUUGUACUGGAAUGAAAACUAUAAAAGUUUUAUAAAUUACGUUUCUAUUUUAUUUGUCAUGUUGGUAUGAUUCUCUGGUUCAGGGUAGAAUUUGUGGAUGGUUACACUCGUGUUGAACCAUGCUGAAAUGUCUGAUGUAAUUAGAACUUAGAAGGCUUUUGUUUUAAUUUAGAGCCAUUUUGCUUCUAGUAUAGGUGGAGUCGGGAGACACUGGUGGUGCUUAUCAUUUUCAGUUUUUCACGA